GUGUACACCCCCGCCCACGUAUAUUUAUUGUGCGGCUAGCUACGAGAAGCUGGCCAGCCACGCUUCUCUCAUCCCGAUCUCACACCGAGUCUGGCCCGACAGCGGGGGCGGAUAAUGCAUCUGUUAUUCCGCGACAGGCAACUGCGGCUACGGCAUCGAGCCACAUAGAGAAAAGCUUUAAAUGUGACACCGUGGACGAGCAUGAUUCUGGCUGGAUCAGACCACUUCUUGGCGGUACCAGUGGAAGCAACUGCUGUUCUUGGUGCUGUUGCCGGUUUCGUAGUACUGCUACUGGCUCUCUUUCUCUAUUUGUCCCGGAAGUGGUGCUUCACGUCGCCCUCGUCCACCGCGCUCUUCGGCGGAGUCUGUGUGCCCCUCUGUGAGUCCACCAACAGCUCCACAUCUCAAAUCUCGAAAAACAUAGGGAAGGCGUUCUCCUAUUCGGAUCCAGAGACAAGUUCCGAUUCGGAGGAGGACGCGCUCCGACGUUUGAAUUCGCGCUCUCAUCCACCGCAAGAUACGUUAACUAUCCAAGCGGAAGACAGAUCGACCACUAUCGUGGAUGCUGGGACUACUUCGAGUAGCUGCACGGAAGAACAUUCUCCGGCAGAUCAACAGCAGUGCGUAGUGGAAGUUGGAGCUUCUGCUAUAAUACUCGACAACAGACAGCAGGAAAUAGAAGUCGAGCACAAUGAAUCCACGACCAAUGAUGCCAUCACGUCGAUGGGUACAGUGGCUACCGAGGAAGUUGGCAGCCUCGAAGUCGCUUUCUUAUACGACGCCCCAAUGCGCGAGAUGACAGUCCACGUGCUACAAGGACGAAAUUAUCCUCCUGGCAUCAGCGGCAGUCAGGUACGGUUAGUUCUUCUACCCUCGAAGAAGCAAAGACGCAAGACUCGAGUGCGACAAGGAACGUCUCCGCAAUAUAUGGAGAGUUUUUUGCUUCCACGUGUCAAUCCGGAGGACGUGAACGCGAUGGGCGUGCGGCUUCGGGUGUAUCUCUGGGGCGGCCGAAUGAUGCGCCGGGAGAGAUUGUUGGGAGAGGCUAGGGUGUCGUUCGAUCAGAUCAAUCUUCAACUGGAAACGACUCUCUGGCUGACUCUUCAACCGCCACUUUCUUCUUCGGCGCAAGAUUGGGGGACCACCAGCAGUUUGACUCGUAGCGAUUCCACGGGAUCCCAACAGUCGGUCCAGUCGUAUGCCUCUACAGCGAUACCACCGUACGGCAGCAGUAUGAAGGGCGGUAGUGUCGCUGAGAUUCUAAUCGGUCUGGCAUACAACGGCACUACGGGUCGUUUGUCAGUGGAAAUAAUCAAGGGUUCUCAUUUUCGCGGCGGAGGCGGAAACGACACGAAGCCACCCGACACCUAUGUGAAGCUGGUCCUCGUCGACAGCAACAACCACGAGAUGGGCCGAUCGAAGACCGGUCUAAAACGCGCCCAGCCGAAUCCUCUGUACAAGGAAACUUUUAUAUUUCAGAUCGCGUUGUUCCAAUUGGGUGACGUGACGCUCUUCCUAUCUGUGUACAAUCGUCGACGCGGCGGAAUGGGCAGGAAGGGACGGGAGAUGAUCGGCUGGCUCUCUCUGGGUCUGAACAGCUCGGGAUCCGAGGAGCUCCAACAUUGGAACGACAUGCGAACGGCGAGACAGCCGACUCAGAUACAACGCUGGCACUCUUUGCUUCGUCCCUGAGUCUCGAGUACUCCACUGGAGUGUCUACCAUGGAUUUACUCUCGAUGCGACUAUUCGAGUGUAAAGCGAUUUGAAGCCGGUGCUCACCGAAGAGUACGGGAGGUUGACGUGCUUUUGUAAGGAGGAACAACUGCGGCGGAAUUAUUAUCCCGAGGUGGAUCCGACCUCUUUCUCCUUAUCUCACGGAGACACACGCACGUACCGUGUACUGCCCGGUUUAACAACGGAAGUCAAUAUUCCAGUCGGUCUGUCAAUCGCAAGUCCGAACCCGAACAACACAAGUGUCCAAAUGACAUUGUAAAGAUCUUCUGUAAAGGUUCUUGCUGGUCUGAGUAUAAAGAUCACGCCACAAUUGGCGACACAAAGAAAGACAGCAAAGUCAAAAGCAAACACAUUGGACGUCUUUGUCGGACAAAAAGAACUUUAAAUGGCAUUCCAAAAAAAAAAAAAAAAAAAAAAACAUGUUUCUAACUGUCAAAUCAAGCUUCUUUAGAAGUACUUUGGGCUUUUGUUUUGUUCGGGAUGUUGUUUGGAAUAUACUGUAAAAUUCUGAGUUACAAACUCUCGUCUAAAUGUACCAAGUACAUUCCCUUUUUGAUACGCUGAUGGGGGAGCAGUAUGGGUUAGUCUUCGAUGUCGAGAGGGUCAACAACGAUCACGUGGUGUUACCGACGUUCCGCGGCAUCAUUGUGCCUAUCCUUCACGGUCACGUGGUAUCGAUGCUCUUCGACUCGACAUGUGCCUGAGCCAAUCUGAACCGUAUUUAUUUUUUACUUUGUGCCUUUCACCCUUUUUAGGCCGCGCGCCACGUUAAAAUGGAAAAAAAAAAUUGUUGUGGGAAAUGCAAGCGAAUUUCAAGCGACCGAGCGGCGUUAUUUCGAGAGAGCAGAUCUCUUUAACUUUAUAAUAUUAUAAGAUCACAGGGUGGCCACGUGAAUAGAAAAUAGAAAGUCCAGAUAUCUCUGCAACACUUUCAACUGUUUCAGAAUCGAAACAUUGCUUAUAAAAAAAAUUCUUAAUUAUAAUUUUUUA